ACGUUUUUAUUUUGAUGAGAGAAAAUAGAAAAGUGGAAAAAAGAUUACGGAUUGAAACUGAAAGUUGGUUCGGAAAAAUUAUUAUUAUGUGGUAGAUUUAUACAUUGAACGAAUCUCUUUGGUUUAUAUUUCAAUAGCAGUGUAAUAUAAUCAUCAAUUUUCUCAGUCCAUAUAGUGUAUGCGAUCAUGAAAGGAAUCAAACCAGAAUUAAUCGACGAUGAACGAGGAAAAUUAUUUGUUGGAGGUUUAAGUUGGGAUACCACUCAAGAAACUUUACAGAAAUAUUUUUCGCGAUAUGGAGAAGUUAUCGAUUGCGUUGUUAUGAAAAACAGCGAUAGCGGUCGUUCUCGAGGAUUCGGUUUCAUUACUUUCGCUGAUCCGUCUAAUGUCAAUAUUGUUCUCCAGAAUGGACCACAUGUACUCGAUGGUCGAACGAUUGAUCCAAAAGCUUGCACACCGCGUUCGAUGCAAAAGAAAAAAGGUGGCAAUUUCCCCAAAGUAUUUUUAGGAGGAUUACCAUCGAAUGUAACCGAAACAGAUCUACGAACAUUUUUUGGUCGAUAUGGAAAAGUAAUGGAAAUUGUUAUCAUGUACGAUCAGGAAAAAAAGAAAUCAAGAGGAUUCGGCUUCUUGGGAUUCGAAGAUGAAGACGCGGUCGAUCGAUGUUGCGCCGAUCAUUUUGUCAAUCUAAAUGGCAAACAGGUUGAAAUCAAAAGAGCCGAAAUGAGAGAUAAAAAUAAUCUAGCAGACUUCACAGCCGCUCCAUGGAAUCAGAAUCCGAUGUCAGUUGGAGGUAUCGGUAUCGGCGCACCAAAUGGACCACCUAUGGCUGGAAUGGCUCCAGGAAGUAUGAUGCCUGGUUAUCAAGGUUGGGGAUCGAGUCCUGCUGCAGGAUAUGGUUACGCAGCACCUACAGCGCCUGGAGGUUAUCAAGGUUGGGGCGCUCCAGCCACGCCACAAGCUCCUCCGCAGUGGGGCUCAACGUAUAGUGCCGCCCAGCAACCUGGAUACGGAUCUUACGCUCCUCAAGCAGGCCCUCAAGCCGGUUACGGAAAUAGUUGGAACUGGAGUAUUUCACAAAAUGGCCCAGUAGCUGGACAAGGCGCCUCUCAAAGUGAUAUGUAUUCGAGAAAUGCUGGCGCAGCUCCGGCUAAUAAUUUAGCAGUUCCUCAAAAAAAUGAUUACGCCGGGUACAAUUAUGCCGGAUAUCAGACAGAUAGCGCAACAUAUGGAGGAGCACGAAGUUACAACGCGACAGAUGUCACGCCAUCAGGUAUCGUGGCUGGAGAUGUGGAUAGUUCUGUGUUGGUAGAGAAUGAUAACGCAGAUUGGAAUGAAAACAACGUGUACAUUCAACCAGUUCCGAUGAAAAAACCCGAUGAUAAACUGGGACCAAUCAGAAGUACCAAAAGUUCCAGUACUUCUAAAUCUCAUCAUCCUUAUCGAAGAUCUUCAUAAUUUUUAGUAAUCUUUUCUCCUCGUUCUUCCAAGUCGAGUUUUUGCAUUUAAUAAACGAAUUCCCUCGAGUUCGUCGUAUCUCAAUUUUUGUCAUUAAUUUUAAUUUUUUUUCCCCCUAUUAUUGUAAUUUAUUAUCUACGAUAGUUAUACACGAGCCAUCGAAAUUUCUAAGUUACGUAUAUAAAGAUUUACCUAGCUUAUUUAUAUAUACCUAAGUACUUUUAUCUUUGUGAUUUUAAGGCUAUUUCAUCUAAUGGAAUAGUCUAUAGUAAGUUAUUUUAUUAAUUCGAGAGUACUUUACAUUCCGAUUUUAUUUUUUUGUAACGAUUGAGUUGAUGUUAUUUCUAAUUCGAAGGUACAUUUUUCUCAUACGUCGAUAUUAUUAGUCAAGACGAGUUAUAUACAGUUUUAUGGAUUUUAAUUAUCACGUCUUAUACGCGAGAAAUUUUCGGGUGAUUUAUAGUUUUAGGCUGUUGAAAAGGUUCUCAUCGUUAGGAUAAUAAAUUUUCUGAGAAAAA